AUGGCCGACCACAAGGGAAUCUUCGGCUUGCCGCUGGAAGUCUUCGACGACCUGAUGUCCACUCUAGACUAUGAGUCCGUCCUCGCCUUCCGCCAGACAUGUCGCCUGGCAGCCUCCCUCGUGCCGCUGACCACGGUCGCCCAAGCUCGGCAAGCUCUCAAAACCACGCUGCUCGCUCGGGAACGUGCUGAGUACGAGCGCCGGCAGGUCGCCUACGCAAACCAGCGUCGCUGGGCGGGCGUGUACCCACAGUCCGUUCAACCCAUUGCUCCACCUCAGGCCGAUGUUGUGGCGAACAUCAUCUCGCUGGGCUCCGCCCUGAACAAUAUCCACCGCAACCACAUCACCAGGGCGGAGCAACUGAACUGCUACAGUUGCCUGAAGGCCCUGCCGCGAGAGUGCUUUGUGGAGAGCCAGGUCACGGGAAGGCGGAGUCUCGGCCACCACGAGGCUCGCCGGCGGUUCUGCAGGACCUGUGGCGUCACCAAGGGGAUCUGGGAGAAGGGGACUGUGAUCAGGGACGGGAGAUGUACCUUAGUCCUCUGCAAGGCGUGCAACAACCUGAAGACGCCGACUCCUGAGUCCAAGAAUGAGGGAAUGUGUGAACUGUGCCAUCACGAAGCGACUUGUGAAAUGUGCCAACGCAAACCCCCUGAGAGUCUGCUCGAGACCGCCGCAGAGCCCAGAACGGCACAGCCCAGCACUCGAGCGACUCGGUGUCAGCGCUGCUGGGCCAUCAGCCACACCGAAGUGCCUCUCGGGUCGACGGGUUCCCAUCUAUGUCCGGGGUGUGAAGCUGCUGUCAGCUCGGCAUAG